GGAAGGUUUGGGGGCGGCCAUUGGUGUUAGUGUUAGGGUUUAUCAGAAGGUAGUAAAGCCACAGGAAAAUCGAACAUGGAUUCCUUCUCCUCUCCGUCCACCGGAUCGUCUUCGAAGAUCUCGUCCGACGAAAUGAUGGAGCAGCUUAAGCUUCAGCUUGCGCAGGCUUAUGCUGAAGAAUUUUUGGAGACUGUUCGAGGAAAGUGCUUUGAUAAGUGCAUCACUAAACCUGGCAGCAGUUUGAGCGGAAGCGAGAGCAGCUGUAUCUCCAGGUGCAUAGACCGCUAUAUUGAGGCCACUGGCAUCAUUGGUCGAGCCUUGUUUAACCAACGCUGAAAGCUCAUAAGUCGGUAAGAAUUUCUAUUUUAAUUCCAAUCGAAGCUAUAAAGAUACAUGGCCUUUGAGUAGCCUUCUCAAUUUUCACUUCUUUUUGGUCAAAUUUUAUAUUCUCGCGUUAUAUUACAUUGUUACUGAGUUGCAUCGAGGCACUAUGUCGUCUAUGGUAACUUAGCAGCAGCAGCUUAAAUCUCAUAAUCAGAAAAGAACACCUCACUAUAUUGGGCAUUGCAAUUGCAAAUUGAGUUCUUUUUUCAUUGCA